AUGUCGCAUAAGAAAACCAGAAAAAAUCGUACUGCAAAGAGUUUCGGAGAUAUCACUCUGAACGAUUUUGCAAAUUCGAGCAUAUGUAAAAGCAGACUGAAGAAAUCAUCAAAUAAUGUGAAUGAAGUGAUAAAGAAUAUCAAAGAAGAUAAGAGUUGGGAUGAGAAGACUGAAGAAUUUGAAGGUGAUUUUAUAGAGGAACUAGAUGAAGAUGGUAAUGUUGUGUUUGUUAUUAAGAAAACAGAGCCAAGGAGAAGAAAGAAAACAAUAUCAAGUUGUGAAGAUGUGAAAUGUGGAAUAGGAAAUGACUAUCCAAUUGAUAUUUGGUUCAUAAUUUCUUCAUAUAUUAGGCCUGAAGAUGUUGGCAAAUUUGCUGGAAUUUGUAGGGCUUCAUUUGAAGUUGUUUGUACAGCAAAAUUCUGGUAUUGCCUUUAUAGACGCUACUAUACUUCUGUCCCUAAUAUGCCAGAACAAUUACAACCUGAAUGUCUAGUACGAAAAUACAGUUUGAGAACUUCUGUGAUUCGGGCAUUAUACUACAUGUAUCCUCCAUUUGUUAACAAAAUCAAAUCUGACAGUACCACAAUGGAAGUCCAUCCUGAUAUACUUUGUAAAAGACAGUGUGAGUCUUUAUGGCAUCAGAAACAGAAAGGGCAGUGGAUAUACUAUUUUAAGAUGAGAGAGAGGAGAGACAAUACUUUGCAACAUUCCAGAAGUGAUUUCAAGCAGCCUGACUUGUUAGAAAUGCUGGAUGAUGUUUCUGCAAACCCAGAUGAACACUGUCGUGUUUUGCAGAUUGUUUGUAAACAUUUCAUUGGAAUUUCACCAUUACUGGGCCAAGUGCUGACAUCUGCGUCCCUCACCCUCUCCCAAGGAUUCCGCCAUCACCGACUGCAACUGUGCUUCGGCUCCGGCGUCCAGGGCUAUCGCUCGCCAGAUGGCGCCACUACCUCCACCAUCGUGCUCGACCCGGUGAUCAAUUACAAGGUGCUGGACUGGUGGCACCCCCUUUAUCCCCACACUCACAGCAUGCAGUGCCUGCUGAACCACGAAUAA